CCACGGUGACUGCAGCGGAGAACGUGAAUGCGUGGUCUGGGACCGCGCAGUUGCUGCCUUUAUUGGGUGCCUCUAUCGCUGAUUCUUUUCUUGGUCGCUACCGCACCAUAGUUAUUUCUACUCUUAUCUACAUCCUGGAUGAGGCGUGCCAGGGUGGAUGUCUUCAUUUUGCCUUAUCUUAUUUUCGUCUUGCAAAAAUUUAUUUCAUACUAAUCUGUCCCACCAUACUUAUUACAAUUUUUUUAAAAUUUAUAAAAUUUGUUUCAUUAAUAUAAAUAUACUUAAAAUUACAUUAAAUUUAUUACAUUAGAUCAAAUUAAUUUUUAAUAAGGAUUAAAUAAUAUAUUAUCCAAAGUGUUUAAUAAGAUAAUAAUAUCAUAAUAAAAUAUAAAAAGUUUUAAUAUUUAUGCAUUUAAAUAUUUAGUAAUACAAAUUAAUUCUUUAACACUAAGAAAGCGGGACAGGGCUAAAAAGCCUAAACCUAUUCCUACCUCACCACAUUUGCAAAGAGGGAAAAAUCCAUGAGAAGCAAUGCGGGAUGGGGUGGGAAAAAAUUCUCAUCCCUCUUAUAUUAUUUGCUUUCCAUUCCUCUUAUAUUAUUUGCUUUCCAUUCUUGGUUUCAAAUCCUACUUGGAGGGACUAGGCUUGUUGACCCUAUCAGCUGUGCUUCCAUCUCUCGCUGAUUACGUUGACACCAACAAAUCUAUGUCAUGUUGUCCUAAGCUUAUAGUGAUUUUAUUCUUCUUCUCUCUAUAUCUAGUAGCAGUUGCGCAAGGAGGACACAAGCCCUGCAUUCAGGCUUUUGGAGCUGAUCAAUUUGAUGGAGAAGAUCCAAAGGAGCGGAAUGCCAAAAGCUCAUUCUUUAAUUGGUGGUUUCUUGGUGUAUGUGGGAGUGCCGCGGUAACAGUUUUGGCCUUAAGUUAUAUACAAGACAACCUUAGCUGGGGCCUUGGAUUCGGAAUCCCUUGCAUUUUGAUGAUAAUUGCACUGGUUAUCUUCUUGCUUGGAACUAGGACUUACAGGUACUGUAUCAAAAGGGAUGAGACAAGCCCAUUUGUGAGAAUUGGUGGAGUAUUUGUUGCCGCAGUUAGGAAUUGUCACACUACCCCUUCGACAAUAGCUAUUGAAGAGGAAGCUUGUGGAGCGUCACACCACAGCUCUGAACAAUUCAAGUUUCUUAAUAAAGCCUUGCUGUCUCCAGACCAUCAUAAAGAAGAAGGUAAGGUUUAUACUAUUAGCGAGGUUGAAGAAGCAAAGGCAGUUCUUAGGCUUUUUCCAAUAUGGGCUACAAGCUUGGUAUACGCAAUAGUAUAUGCACAGGCCUCAACUUUUUUUACCAAACAAGGGGCUACCCUAGACAGAACACUUUUUCCAGGCUUUAAGAUACCAGCAGCUUCAUUACAGUUCUUUAUUGGCCUAGCCAUUGUUCUUUUCAUUCCUUUAUAUGACCGUAUUUUUGUACCUAUAGCAAGAACUUUCACCACUAAACCCUCUGGCAUCACAAUGCUACAGAGAGUUGGAAUUGGGAUGCUUUUAUCUGCUGCUUGCAUGGUAGUUGCGGCUCUAGUUGAAAUAAAAAGGCUUAAUACUGCUAAAGAACUUGGGUUGGUUGAUAGGCCAAAUGUGACUAUUCCAAUGAGUGUGUGGUGGUUGGUUCCUCAAUAUGUCUUGUCAGGAAUUGCCGAUGUUUUCACCUUGGUUGGUUUGCAAGAGUUCUUCUAUGAUCAGGUCCCAAGUGAAUUAAGGAGUGUGGGUAUUGCUCUUUACCAAAGUAUUCUCGGUUUGGGCAGCUUAUUAAGCAGCCUCCUUGUCUCAGUCAUUGAGGACGCAACUGGUGGUUAUGCUAGAUAUAGUUGGUUUUCUAAUAAUCUUAAUAGGGCACAUCUUGAUUACUUUUACUGGCUACUUGCUGGACUCAGUGUAGUAGCAUUUGCUGCGUACUUGUAUUUUGCAAAAUCUUACAUUUACAAGAGGCCAAGCACAAUGUAAAUAUAGUAUCAUUGCAAGUGAAGUUGUUGUAGCCAAAUAUAUGGAUGGGGAAGUACAUAAAAAUGCAGAUUUUAUCUCAUGAAUACUGCACUAUUGUAAAAAACAGAGAGACUAAAUAGAAUUGGGAGAAUUUCAUUGAUUGAGAGUGAAA